AGGAAUGGAGUUCCUUGAAGGUUAUUCAUCAUACUUCAUUCUAAACAUGGAGGCAAUCUUUCUCCAAGCUCUCAUACUCCUCUCCCCUAUCCUUCUCUUCAUCUACCUACGUUUCAAAAACCACAAAUUCACCACCCAAUACGGCUUCACAAGCUACCCACUAGUCGGCACCGUACCCGAAUUCCUCCAAAACCGCCACCGGUUUCUAGACUGGACAGCAGAAGUCCUCAUCCGAACCCCAACCCACACCGGCAUCUUAGACCGCCCUGGCAAAAUCAAAUGCUUCAUCACAGCCAACCCCGCAAACGUCGAACACAUGGUUAAAACCAACUUUGACAAUUACCCUAAAGGAACCCGGUUCAUUUCCCUCCUUGAAGAACUCUUGGGCCAAGGUAUCUUCAACGCCGAAGGCGAAUCAUGGCGUGCACAGCGUAAAAUCGCUAGUUACGAGUUUAACACUCGCUCAUUAAGGAACUUUGUCAUGGAAGCUGCUGCUGUUGAGUUGCAUGACCGGUUCAUACCGAUUCUUGAAAAGGCUGCUGAUGUAAAUAGGGUUUUUGAUCUUCAAAACAUUUUGGAAAGGUACACUUUUGAUAAUAUUUGUAAGGUGGCGUUCAACUUUGACCCUUGUUGUCUCUCUGGGGAUGGAACUAGUGGUAGUGAGUUUAUGAGUGCUUUUGAAGAAGCAACAACUUUGAUUACCCAAAGAUUUUUAUCACUUUUCCCUGGUGAUCAUAAAAUUAGAAAGUUUUUAAAGUUUAGGUCGGAAAUAAAGCUCGAAAAGGCGGUCGUCACAGUUCAUAAGUUUGCGGACGAGAUCAUAAAGAAAAGAAUGAGUGAAAGUGAUAGGAAAACGGAUGAGGAUUUGUUAUCUCGGUUCAUGGGAAAUUCGGACUAUUCGCCGGAGUUUCUUCGGGACAUUGUCAUAAGUUUUAUAUUAGCGGGUCGUGAUACGACGUCGUCGGCUCUCUCGUGGUUCUUUUGGCUCUUAUCUUGGCAUCCAGAAGUAGAGCAAAAGAUACUCGAGGAACUGAAAUCAAUACGACGUAGCUCUGGCAAAAGUUUUUCUGAUUCUUACUGUUUCGACGACCUGCGGCAUAUGCACUACCUGCAUGCCGCGCUAUCGGAGAGUUUGCGUUUGUACCCUCCCGUGCCAUUAGAAACAAAAGAUUGUUUGAAAGAUGAUAUCAUGCCAGACGGUACGUUUAUUGGGGAAGGUUGGUUCGUUUCGUAUAAUGCAUACGCAAUGGCGAGACUAGAGAGUGUUUGGGGGAAGGAUUGUUGUGAGUUUAGGCCGGAACGAUGGUUGGAGGAAGACGGCGAGGGGAAUGUGGUGUAUAGACCAGAAAAUCCGUUUAAAUUUCCAGUGUUUCAUGGUGGACCGAGAAUUUGUUUAGGGAAAGAAAUGGCGUAUACUCAAAUGAAGUUGGUCGCCGCGACGAUAAUAGAGAAGUUUCGGGUGGAGAUGGUGGCGACUGAGGCGAAAAAACAGCCUGAGCACGUAAUUGCAUUGACAAUUAGGAUGAAAGACGGGCUCAAGGUUAGAGUUAUGAGAAGAUGAACUGAGUCGGACUUAAAUUACACUACUAGAAUACUGCUUGGUUUGCUACGGAAGUUUCCUGCACAAAAAGUUUCGUCGCAAAUUUCUACGUAUUUCCGACAAAAAUAUGCACGGGAAAUUGCAAAAUUUCUAGUAGUAUGAUUUAAGAUGUUACAUAUAAGUCUAAUAAUGAUAACUAGGGUUGCAUGGGAUGGUUAUCCUACAAUAUCUCACACUUGUUAUUAGUAGAAAAAUGACUUUAUGUAUGUAACAAUCUUUUAUUUGUGUUAAGAUGUUAUUGUUAACAAGAUACAA